UAUUCCGUCUUCUGGUGUAAGUGUGAGUGUUGGCGUGUAAAUACUUGUGAGGGGGUCUCCUUGAAGUCCGUCUUGUCCCAAGCUGCAACCAACUUUCAGCAGUAUUUUUUCUCACUUCACUGCUGCAAGAAUUAAACAAGCAAACAUACUGAAUGUUUGCAUGUUUUCGUCUGGUCCUGGCAGGCGUUCGUACUUUUAUUCGUUGUUGCUGUUUCUCUCCCCCGGCUGCGCGGGCCUACCAAGGCCGCGGCCCGAGGAUCACCAACAUGAUACAUCGAAACCUGCAUGCUCACCCAACGUUUCACUUUCUCGAGGUGGUGGCGGCGGCGGCGGCGGCGCGGCACAACCGGCAAGGCUGUGCCGCGCGAUCAUCGUCGUCGUGCCACUGCAUUCCAUGUUGCUUGCCGUGGAGCCGCAGAUUUGUUUAUUUCCUGUUAGGUCUCGGAAUGUGGGAGAAAUACUCGUGAAGAGUCUUUUCCUUGGGCGUGGGACUGUUUCGAGGCGAGGCGUUGCCGCUCGAAGCGGUCAUGCUGUCAGAAUGGGGAUUUGUUGGGGUGUUGUUCUUGGUGAAGUGAGUAUUUCAUUUCGACUUUUAUAGGGCAAUGGUUACAUCGUCUGAAAGCCUUCGGUCCAUUCCUCUUGAGCCACGGGAAGAAAGCAUUCACAGUAAAUGCCAAUGGAGAAGGUUUCUGUUUUGGUGUUUUACAUCUUCAUGUGGGAACAGGCGGUUCGAUACCCGCAAUACCGCCAUCCACUUCCGUCAACAAACAUGGAA